AUGGCAAGUUCACUUGUGCCGGCCUCAUCGACGUCACCCACUUGUGGGCGGGACUUGAACCUCCCUCUGCUCGCCCCGGUUGAUGGUACCGCGGUCCGACUGCUCUGGGAUACGUCAGCUCUCCCCGCUCGUAUGAAAUUUGGCGCGAGGUUUCGUCUACAAUUUAUGGCCAUCUUAUCACCAUCUCCCAUCUUCCAUCUUCCAUCUACCACUUUGUCCCGUCGGUCUUCCACAGUUGGUCAGGACCGGCCCGAUUGCCUCAUCCUCCUCCAUCCUCCGCCCGCCCACCCCACCUGCCAACUUGCCAACCACAUGGCAGCGCAAACGUACAUAUUUCUUUGCGUUCACAUUCAACAAGUCUCCUUUUCAUCUCAACCAACUAUCCAUCCAUCCGGUCAACCAUCCAUCUUUCCAUCAAUCUCUCUCUCUCUCUCUCUCUCUCUCUUUUUGCCUACUCCUCGUCAUUUACAUUUGUCAUUUUGUCCAUGUCCUCGUGCAUUUUUUGCUUUAUCUGAAUUCCUGUCUCCGGCUGGUACCGGUUUAUUCCCUUUUUCCCUUCUACCCACCUCGACUCGUCAUGCCUUGAUUGCCAAGACGCAGUGUCCGUUCGCUAUUCUCCUUUUGGUGCUAACAUGA